AUGACUCGUCUCGCCGCCUGCGCUGCACUCGCCGCCGUGGCUCUCGCCGGCGGGCAGUCCAUGGCCAUGCCCACCGCCACCCCCAUGGAAGUGCCCAUGGAGCAGUACGGCGAGGCGAAGACUUACCAGGACCCUGGCGUUCCCACGAGCACCUCGACGGCUGCGCCGGAGAGCCCGCAGCAAUGGUUCGAGGGCUUCAGCCGCGCCGUGCAGAAGCAGCUGCAGCUGCAGGAGGACUUGAUGCGGCAGCUGGUGCGGGACAUCCAGGAGUACCUGACGGAGGCCUUUGGCUGGAACGAAACGAACUCCUCGGCCCUGGCGCGGGUGAACACCAUGCUGGACAUGAUCACGAAGCGCAUGGCCGUGACUCGGGAAGAGGCGAACGAGAUCAGCACCACGGAAACGGAGCCGCAGGCCGUGCGCGACGCCACGCGCAACUUCAUGAAGGAAGUGCGCGUGCAAGACAUCGUCGUGGACGCGCUGUGGGCCUCUCUGCGCGGCGUCCAGACCAGCGCCUGGAUGACUGGCGUGUCGAGCACUGUUGACGAGCGGGACGUGCUGGCCGUGGCCAACAGAGCCGCUGAGGAGUUCCUGGCCCGCAUGUACCACAACUUGCGUGCAGCGGGAGUGGCUGAGGAGGACAUAGUGAAGUACGUGCCGCGGACUCCGGCGGAUCCGAGCAGCAGCGAGCCCCGCAACAUGGGCAAGAAGGGCCGCGGCUACGGCUACAGCUACGGCCACGGCUGCGGCUACGGCCACGGCUGCGGCUACAGCUACCCCCUCUACAGCUACGGCUGCCCCUACUCCGGCUGCGGCUACGGCUCCCCCUUCUACGGCUCCGCCUGGGGCUUCUGGGGCCCCCCCAGCCACUCCAGCUUCUACUGGCGCCGCCUGGGCACUGCGGGCUGCCCCGACUGCGCCCCCGAGCCUGAGUUCGUAACUCCCCCCACGGCUUUCCGGGGCCUCCAGGAGGAGGCCAUGAUGGGAACUCCCUAUGCAAACCCCAUGGUGGGAACUCCCUACGCCAACCCCAUGAUGGCCUCCCCCUACUCCACCCCCAUGAUGGGAACUUCUAACACCAACCCCACCAUGGGCACUCCCUACACCAACUCCGCCAUGGGCACUCCCUACACCAACUCCACCAUGGGCACUCCCUACAUGGGCACUCCCUACACCAACCCCGCCAUGGGGGCCCCCUACACCACCUCCACCAUGGGAACUCCCUACACCAACCCCACCAUGGGGGCCCCCUACAGCAACCCCACCAUGGGGGGCCCCUACACCAACCCCACCAUGGGGGGCCCCUACACCACCCCCAUGGCUGGCCAGGCCUACCCCGCCUACCCAGCAGCUGGCCAGCGCAGCACCAUGGGCCCCACGCAGGGGCCCAUGGGGCGCAUGGGCACUUCGGGCGGCCAGUACAACAGCGCCGCGGGCUACACUGGCGGUUACCGCGGCCUGAGUGCCUUCGAGGCCCCCGAGCUCUUCGAGCCCCCCAUGGGCAUUCCUCCUUUUGGAUUUGAGUGA